UGACACAAUUGCACCAUCAAGCUCCCUCAUUGCAUUUUCGCACUUGUUCCACACUCACUUUCAACACCUGUCUUCUUGUCAGGCGGUCGUGAAAGAAAGGCUCUAAUUCCGCGAUACGAUUGAUACGAACGCAUUAUUAGAUAGUACACAACCAAGCAUUGACAAGGAGAGAUUGAUCAAUCUACCUAGGUAAUCAGUUCAUAUUCCGAGCUCAGUGAGACAAAGGGAGCUCAAUAUGACUGUGAGAGCAUCGAAAUUUACUCCAGAAGUCCUCCUCUCGGCGCCGCGUCGGUCAUCUGGCAAGCCCAAUGCUCGGGGCACUCUUGCACUAUUCAGCGUCACAACCUAUUCAUUCGAGUCACAUUCGCGCAAGUCCGAGAUCAGAGUACUUGACAUUGCUUCUAGUCAGUCGCAUCUGGUCACCGACGACGAGAAGGCGAGUGAUCCAAAUUGGAUUGGCGACGGCAAUGACGUCGUUUGGUUGAAAUCGGGAAGUGAUGGCAAAACAACACUUGUUGUAGCCAAUCUUAGUGAUACCUCCAAAAUACACUCCUAUUCUGCUGGUGUCAUUGACGGCCCCGUGUCCAAUAUCAAACUUGCCAAAAUCUCCGACGACGCAUUUGCCGUUGCAGUGGUCGGCCAAGCUACUCCCGAUGGUGCACUUUACAACCCCGAAAAGGCUCCAAAACAACAAUCCACAGGCAAAGUGUAUACGUCGCUUUUUGUCCGUCAUUGGGACUACUACCUAUCGCCUCAGCGAAACUCCAUCUUCUACGGCCGGCUGACCUUGGAACCUUCCCAUGUCACAAAUAGCAGUGACAAAUACACCUUGUCCAAACUCACCAACAGUCUCAAGGGUACUGGCAUCGAAUCUCCUAUCCCACCCUUUGGUGGCACUGACCAUUUUGACCUGAGCUCAAGUGGCAUUGCCUUUGUUGCAAAGGACCCGGAUGAGAACCCUGCAACGAACACCAAAGCUCAUUUCUAUUUUAUUCCAAUCAAGACCUUUACGGGCCUGUCUACGCCAGAACCGAUCAAGGUUGUGGUAGAUGGCCUCGAGGGCGCGUGCACCUCGCCAGUGAUAUCGCCAGACGGAACAAAGGCAGUCUUCCUGCAGAUGAAGAAGAACGGCUACGAAAGUGACAAGAACCGAGUCAUUCUCAUUCCGGAUCUUACAAAUCCCUUUCAGACUGUUGAAUUAUUAGCAUCCGAGAAUGGCAAAGGUGCCUGGGAUUCCAGUCCUUCCAGUGUCUCGUGGAGUAAUGACGGAAACACGCUCUAUCUGGUUGCAGAAGCUACUGGCCGCGGCAUUCUCUUUUCCUUGCCUUCUAACCCUGCCGACAUCAAGGGGCUACCGAAGAAACUGACCACCACGGGCACCGUCUCAGACAUUGCCGCAGCAUCCAAAUCAUCCAAUGAGCUCUUCAUCUCGAGCACCAGCCUGGUGGACAAUAGCUACUACAGCAUCCUUGACCCUGCCAAGCCCGGCGAACUCAAACUCAUCUCAUCCAGCUCCAAGGGCGGCAAAACCUUUGGACUCUCCCAAGACCAAGUUUCCGACAUUUGGUUUCCCGGUGCAGGCGACUACAAGGUCCACGCAUGGGUCGUCAAGCCGUCCAACUUUGACUCCAGCAAGAAAUACCCACUAGCCUAUCUCAUCCACGGUGGCCCACAGGGCGCUUGGGCCGAAAGCUGGAGCACGCGCUGGAACCCCGCCGUGUUCGCCGAGCAAGGCUAUGUCGUCAUUACGCCCAACCCCACUGGCAGCACCAGCUACGGACAAGAUUUUGUCGACGCCAUCCAGGAAGAAUGGGGCGGUCGUCCGUACACCGACAUUGUCAAAGGGUUCGAAUACAUUCGCGACAACCUGUCAUACGUUGACACGGACCGUGCCGUCGCCCUCGGCGCCAGUUACGGCGGCUACAUGAUGAACUGGAUCCAAGGCAACCCGCUCGGACGCAAAUUCAAAGCCCUCGUCACGCACGACGGCGUCUUCAGCAUGGCCAACCAGAUCUCCAGCGACGAGCUCUAUUUCCCCUUUCACGAUCUGGGCGGCACCCUGUGGGACAAGCGCGCCCAGUGGGAGCGCUGGGAUCCUUCGCGUCUCUCGGGCAACUGGGAGACCCCGCAUCUGAUUAUCCACAAUGAACUCGACUAUCGACUGCCCGUCAGCGAAGGCCUCGCAGCGUUUAAUGUCCUCCAGAAACGUGGCGUGCCGAGCAUGUACCUCACCUUUCCCGAUGAAAACCACUGGGUCCUCAAACCCGAGAAUUCGCUCCAGUGGCAUACCGUCGUCUUGAACUGGAUUAACAAGUUUGCUGGCCUGCCGCCGUAUAAGGAGAACAAUGGCGGGUAUGAAGUGAACGAGCCGAUAAAAAAGAUGCAGGAUCUCAAGGUGUAGAGUUGUAGUUUCUGUGCUACACUAGGUUGCAAUAGAAAUGCAUCAGGGCUUUGAAUCUCAUGUGCUGUCUGGAAGAGGUUUAGCAUUUCCCUUCAAGUUUUUUUUUGUUUGUUCUCCUCUUCUUCCAUUUCAUUCUACACUUCAUCUCCAUAUGAGCAAGGGUAGCAAGAGUAGCAAAGUAUAGUAUUGCAUAUCAAAGUACCAUUAACUUAUCAUGACACACAUGACUCGUUUCAAUUUCAUCUUUUAAAAUUUCUCAUCUUUAUUUAUUUUUUCUCUUCUCAUCUCUUCUCCUUUGAAUCUGAAGUUUGAAGCGAAUGGCGAAUUACAUUUCUUUUUGGCAUCAUCAAAUAUUUGAUACGGAAAUUAUGCCACAAGAGGAGAAAAAAUAUCAAAAUAGUAACAGAAAGGUAGUUAACUCCAAUC